UAUCUAUACCAUGAUUUUUGUAUGACUUUAAUUUUUUUUGAAACAGCAGGUGCCCACGAGAUCUUUGUCCCUACGAAUCGAGCAUUAAUUUUUCUUUCUUGCGUGAACCCGAUACCCUGGAUCUGGAGUGAACUGAACCAACUCCGCCCGCCUGUUCUCGUAGCCGUUCUUCUGGCGCCCCCGAGCGGCGGCGCACACCACCUGUUCGACGAAACGCCGCCCCACAUCCGAAGCGCCAUCCAUGGCGAGCGGGGUGGAUCGCAUCAGCGCCCUCCCGGAUGACAUCCUCCACCACGUGCUCGGCUUCCUUCCGGCCCAAGAGGUGGUCCGGACAUGCGUGCUCGCCCGGCGGUGGCGCGGCGUCUGGCGGUCCGUGCCCGCCCUCCGCUUCACCGGCGCCAACGGGUGGAGAAGCGACGACAGGUUCGCGCAGUUCGUCGACCACCUGCUGCUGCACCUGUGUUGCGCCGGCGGCGUCGUCAACGCGCCUCUGGACGCCUGCGACUUCGACUUCGAUUCCGACGGGUUCAUGCAAUCGCCUGCGAACGAGCAGCACGCCGGCCGCUGGAUCCAUCAACUCGUGUCCCGUGUCCGGGCGCUCCGGAUUCGCGUCGUCGAGGAUUUCAUGGAACCCUCGCCACUAUUUCAGGAUCUGCAUCCCGUUUCACAGCACCUCACGAGAUUGGAGCUUAUUGGCGUAGGUGUCAACGACAAGGUUGUUGAUUUCUCAGGCUGUCCGGCGCUGGUCGAGCUGAACAUGGAGGACUGCGAUGUUUUCCUCCAGAAGAUCUUGUCUCCAUCCUUGAAGCAUCUGCGCAUCGCCCGCUGCUACGCUUCUGAGUAUUAUCGCAUUCUUAUGUCUCUACCAGCUCUUGUUUCGCUUGAGUUGAUCCAGUUCCACCGUGGAAGGGUUCCGCUGCUAGAAAGAUUGCCGCAGUUAGAUAGAGCGAUUGUUGUGCUCAAUGAAGAAUGCAAUGACCAGUGCUAUCAGGAUCGGUUUGAUGGUUGUGGCGAUGAAAGCGAAACCUGCGAUGGUUGCAAUUAUUACUAUGGGGAUCCUGAAUAUCCUCAAUCAGAGCCUUUUUAUGACCGCAACAACAGCAUAUUUCUCAAAGGAUUGUCUGAAGCUACAUGCUUGGAGCUGUCGGCUGAGUAUGAUGUGAUUGUUUUCAACAGGGAUUUAAGGUGGUGCCCCACAUUUACCAAGUUAAAGACUUUGUUUCUCAAUGACUGGUGUUUGGCUGCUCACCACAAUGCACUGAUUUGCUUUCUCCAACACGCACCAAUCUUGGAGAAGCUUACCAUUAAACUUUCUAAGACACCUCCUCGUGUAAUCGAAACAGAAGGAGUAUACAAACCAUUGGGACAGUCAGUUGCGUCUGACCGGCUUAAGAUGGUUGAAAUCAGAUGUGCAAACGUUGAUAUGAGGGUUCACAAAAUCUUGAGCGUGCUGACUACCUACGGCAUACCCCUUGAGAAAAUUAAUAUCCAACAUACUAGCAGAAUUCCUGGAUCUGAAUGUUUCAAUUUUGUUUGUACUGGUUUCAGCUAAAAUUAGUGGUGGCCGUUGAACUGAUCUAUUGAAUAGGUUUCUUUAAUGGUUUAGAAAAGGAAUGGAGCAAGUUUGAGACCGUGGUGUAGCUGUAUGCACAAUUAUGGUUAUUACAACUAAAUGAAUGGAGCAAGUUGUUUUGUUUCGAGAACUUGUCAUCGCUUUAUCGUCAAUGCUCAGACGACAAAGUCUCUGAUUGCAUUCAGGGACAUUUACAUCAAAUAGCAGAACAGCAGACUAGGAGGGAAUAUAUUUGUUGGGCACCCUGUGCCGAUUUGUUUC